AUGGCUUUGGUCGCUGCUGCUGCGGGCGACAUGCGCCUCGUGCGUCGCACACUCUCCAGUGGCUGCGAUCUAAAUGCAGUAAACAGCCAGGGGGACUCGGCUUUGAUGGUGGCAGCGAAGAAGAACCACGUUGAAGUGAUGACACUCCUGCUGGUUAGUGGCGUCGACGUGGACUUGAGACGCUCGGACGGCACGACGGCGCUGCACUUGGCGAUUGCCAGUCAACAUCCUCGCGCUGCCAAAUUAUUGAUCGACUUUGACGCGGACGCUGCUAUUGCCACUAACGCCGGCGUGACACCACUAUUACUGGCCGCGGAAAAUGGUCUCUCUAAAGUGAUCAAACUAUUGGUCAAAGUAGCACCGCAGUCCGUGCGUACUGCAUCCCAGGACGGCUCCAACGUGCUUACCAUCGCAGCUCAAGCUGGUCAAGUUGAAGCUGUCAGAAUGUUUCUAGAUGCAGGCGUACCAGUUGAUCUAAGCAGCGGAGCUGGACGAACUCCGCUCAUGUUCGCAGCUACGAAAAACCAAGUGGAGGUGAUGAGACUGUUGCUAUCGAACGGUGCGUUGCCAAACAAGACGUCAAAAGACGGCAACACAGUUUUGACUAUUGCCGCUGAAGGAGGCCACGUCGAAGCCGUUCGUUUUCUGCUGAGUCAUGGCGCCAGAAUGGACAGAAGUGAGUGUCCAGAAAUGACGGCCGUGGCAGCAGCGGCACAGAAUGGACACGUGGAAGUGAUCAAGUUGCUGCUACAGAAUCAUGCAGAUAUCAAUGCCCACGACGACGAUUGGGACUCGGCUCUACAUGAAGCUGUGUAUGGAGGCCAGUUGGAAGCUGCACGAGCUUUGGUCGACGCCAACCCUAGCGCUGAUGUGAAUAAACGCAAUCGGAGUGGCUGGACACCGCUGAUGGCGGCAACACAUCGGAAUUUCGUAGAUAUUAUCGAGUUAUUAAUUCGGAAAGGAGCUGCGCUCAACAUGAAGACAAAUGAUGGCCGCACUGCGCUUCAUGUCGCGGCAGAAGAAGGUCACACGGCGGCGAUUCGAGUAGCGGUGCCUUAG